AUGAUGAAUGCAACAGUUUUAAUUGCAUUUUCCUUAUCCAGAUUAAAUGACACAACAGUCAACAGAUUGACUCUUACCUCCCUCACUGUGUUGUGCUUCAGUGUGAUUUUGCUUGUAAAUGGUGCUCUUAUUGUUACUAUCAUAUUGGACAAUAAUCUUCAUGAACCCAUGUACAUCUUCCUAUGUAAUUUGUUCAUUAAUAGUCUUUAUGGGACUGCAGCAUUUUACCCAAAAUUCCUUUUUGAUCUACUGUCUAACACUCAUGUCAUAUCUUAUACUGGCUGCCUUUUGCAGGUCCUUGUCAUAUACUCCUAUGCAGCAACUGAUUUUUCUAUUCUAGCCGUGAUGGCCUAUGACCGAUAUGUGGCCAUAUGCCGACCACUGGAGUAUCAAUCUGUGAUGACUAAACAAAGGGCUGUUUGGUUGGCGUGUUUCUCCAGACUUGUACCCUUGUUCCUUCAGACUAUUGUGAUAAUAAUGACCUUGCAAGUGGAAUUAUGUGGCUCCCACAUUGAAAAACUUUAUUGUGAGAACUGGUCAAUUCUCAAACUUUCCUGCAAUUCAAUAACAACACAUAAUGUAGUUGGAUUUAUCAUCAUAUUAUACUAUUUUGGGCAAGUACUUUACAUCAUUUGUUCAUAUAUACUGUUGGUGAAAUCCGCUCUAAAGUCCAGAGAGGGCUGGAGGAAGUUCAUGCAGACAUGUGUGCCACAUUUAUUAUGUUUGCUUAAUGUCACUGUUGCAAUGCUUUUUGACGUCAUGUAUGCUCGAUAUGGAUCAAGCUCUGUAUCACAGAGCGCAAAGAACUUCAUGGCCAUACAGUUUCUCAUCAUUCCACCAAUUCUCAACCCUAUCAUAUAUGGACUUAAACUCACUCAAAUUCGCAAAAGUUUUUUAAAUUUGUGUAGAGAUGACAGACAGGUUAAAGGAUUAGGCUAA